UGCAUUUUGUCCUGUCUUUGGUUUAACUGUCCAUGGCUUGGUAUUUGGAGGAUUCGGAGCAUUAAAAACACUAAGUUAGACUAAAAGUAAGAGAGCGAACAGGCACUGGGUGUUGGCCAAGGAGACCAUCAUCAGCCGCGGCGGCCGAGCACCAGCCCCUGCGUACUCAACAGAGCCGGAUGGCGGCGCUGAAGCACCUGGCUCAGGUUCCCAGAUCUACAGAAAAGGGUAUGGUCUGUAUACAGGGCUGUGUAACCUUUGAGGACGUGGCUGUUUACUUCUCCCAGGAAGAGUGGGAGCUCCUGGAUGAAUCUCAGAGGCUCCUGUAUCUUGAUGUGAUGCUGGAGAAUUUUACCCUUAUAACCUCACUGGCUCAUUGGUCUGAAGCAGAGGCUGAAGACAAAACCUGUGUACCACACAUCAGGACUGCAAAGGAAGGUCUGCCCACGAAGAAGCCUCAUCCCUCUGACAUCUGUAGUGCCGUCCUUAAAGAUAUCUUGCAUCUAAGUGACCUACCUGGGCAGAAACCACAUUUGACUGAGGUGUGUACAGACCUCCUGGACCAGAAGCAUCACAGAGCCAAGAAUUGGUUAAAGAAAGAUGUGGACUGCCUUGUGAAGAACUGUAUAUCCCAUGUAGCAGGGAAUCCUUCUGUCUGUAGGAAGAUUGGUGAGAAAUUCCCAGCUAUAUGGAAUCUUCUCCAACCCAAGGCCAUUCCCAAAGGUGAGAAACAAAAUCAAAUUAAGUGUAGAAAGGCUUUUCACUCAGAGAAAAAUAACUCUAAGUCAGGUAAAUAUAAGAAAUCUUCCAGCCCAGAAUACAGGCUUCAAGAAUAUCCAAGAGUUUGCAGUGGAAAGCGGGUGUUUGAGUCUAACAGUUGUGAGCAAGACUUAAACAAGUACUCGAUUGCACCAUCCCAGACAGACCAGACUGAAAACCGACCAUAUGAGUGUCAUGACUGUGGAAAAUGGUUUGGCCAGAAAGCCACACUUAGAAUACACCAGAGACGCCAUACCGGAGAAAAACCGUAUAGAUGUGGUGAAUGUGGAAAGUCUUUUUGUCAAAGCUCUAACCUAAGCGAACACUGUAGAGUUCAUAGUGGAGAAAGACCUUUUGAGUGUCUGGAAUGUGGGAAAGCCUUCGGGUGUCAUUCUAGUCUUCUGCGGCACCAGAGAACACACACAGGAGAAUGGCCAUAUGAAUGUGGUGACUGCGGGAGGCUGUUUAGGCAGAUUGUCAGCCUGAUUACACACCAGAGGACUCACACUACAGAGAAGCCUUACGAAUGUGGACAGUGUGAAAAGUCUUUUAGUCACAAAGCCACUCUUACUGUACAUCAGAGAGUUCACACUGGAGAGAAGCCCUAUCACUGUGAAGCAUGUGGGAAAUCCUUCAGCCAAAGCGCCAACCUUAUUAAACACUCCAAAAUUCACACUGGAGAAAAGCCUUAUAAGUGUGGGGAAUGUGGUCUAUGCUUUCGCCAGAGAGCUACCCUCAUGAAACACCAGAGAACCCACACUUCAGAAAGGCCUUAUGAAUGUAGAGAAUGUGGUAAGUUCUUUAAACAGUACUUCUACCUCAUUGAACACAGUAGGAUUCACACCACAACAGAAUUUUAUGAGUGUGGACAGUGCGGGAAAUCUUAUACCCAAAACGCCACCCUCAUCAGACACCAGCGAGUCCAUACAGGAGAGAGUCCUUAUAAAUGUAAGGAGUGUGGAAAAGCCUUUGAAUACAAAUCCAGACUUAAUCGACAUCAAAGAACUCACACUGGUGAAAGACCUUAUGAGUGUGCCAAAUGUGGGAAAUUCUUCAGGGAAAGCUACAAUCUUGCUGAACACCAGAAAAUUCACACUAAAGCAAAGCCUUACAAUUGUGAUCAGUGUGGGAAGUGUUUUAGCCGGAGAGCUGACUUGGUUAAACACCAGAGAGUUCAUACUGGUGAAAGGCCUUAUACAUGUGGUGAAUGUGGGAAGACCUUCAGCCGAACUACCAACCUUGUUCAACACAGAAGAAUUCACACUGGGGAACGGCCAUACGAGUGUGACCAGUGUGGGAAGUCUUUUAGCCAGGUGUCUACCCUCACUAGGCAUCAGCUUCUUCACACUGGAGAAAAAUCUUAUAAAUGUAGCAAAUGAAGGAAAGCCUAGACAGCCCUCUAGCAUCUUCUAACACCAAAAGAUAGAGCAUCAUAACUCCUGGAAGCCAACCCUUGAAAGCACCCUCAGGCCUCCAAGGAUGUUGCAUUGUUGUUCACUGUAACAAACUAGAGAGCCUCAUAGAGUUUUAGGCUGUGUAACUUGUACUAGAGCUAGUCUGCCUGUUCUAGACAGUCUGUCUCCAUUGCCAGAAUUAAAUAGCUGCCAUAAUGUCUCAUAGAAACUGUCACUCCUCUAGCACCUUGCACUGAGUGUAUAUCCCCCCCAACAUGACCAUACUCUCCCCUUCCCUAAUGGAAGCCUCAACUUCCUGUGCCUUGCAAAUGACCUUCAUCCCCUUUUCUCACUAAAUAUGUCUGGGUCUGUAUUUGCCUAAAAGAACCUGGUCUGCGAUUAGCUGGAGGCUCCAUCAAGGAAUAUCUUCUCAAGUCUUUGUCUCACAUGAUUCAUGCGCUGUUUACAUGAUAGGAACUAGCCAGAGACUUCCUGCCAUGUUAAUAUGCAAUAAUAAAAGACCUUAUGGAUUUUU